AAAAAAUUAAAUAUAGGUAGGUAUUUUAAAAAAUAUUAUUUUUAAGGAUUGGCAACGCUUGUUGGUAGUAUUGUAAAUAAUUUAAAUAAUUGUUGUUUUAAAAGAUUUGUUGUUAUUAAAAGAGUUGUUUAUUUUCUGUUUGUAUCGAGCGUUAGUGGCGUUUCUAGGAAACCCAAAAAUUUCAGUGGCUCAGCUGUCAAUGUCUUUUGUGAUGCCAUUCUGUCAAAAAGUAAGAAAAAAGCGGUGGUAGUUUUGGUCGAAAAAUAAUAUUUAGGCCUAGGAUGGCUGAAUAUUUGGCUUCGAUUUUCGGUACUGAAAAGGACAAGGUUAAUUGUUCUUUUUACUUCAAAAUCGGGGCUUGCAGACAUGGAGAUAGGUGUUCGAGAAUACACAACAAACCGACGUUUUCGCAAACCUGUCUGCUACAAAAUUUAUACGUAAAUCCACAAAAUUCAGCCAAAUCUGCCGAUGGUAGUCACUUGGUAGCUAAUGUGUCUGAUGAAGAGAUGCAGGAACACUAUGACAAUUUUUUUGAAGACGUUUUUGUUGAAUGUGAGGAUAAAUAUGGGGAAAUUGAGGAAAUGAAUGUGUGUGACAAUUUGGGUGAUCACCUUGUAGGAAAUGUUUAUAUCAAGUUUCGACGCGAAGAAGACGCCGAUAGGGCUGUAAAUGACUUAAACAAUCGCUGGUUUGGUGGACGACCAGUGUAUGCAGAACUGAGUCCCGUGACUGAUUUUAGGGAAGCUUGUUGCAGACAAUACGAGAUGGGGGAGUGCACUCGCUCAGGAUUCUGCAAUUUUAUGCAUCUUAAACCCAUUUCUAGAGAAUUAAGGAGGUAUAAUAUUUAUAUGCAAGAAGAAAGUCUAGCAGAAAACGUUCAAAAUCUCGAUCUCCAAAAAAAAGAUCCAGAGAGAGAUCUCCUCGUCACAGAUCUAGUCGAAGUAGCAAAAAUUAAUAUUUUGAACGUAAACACCGGCUUGGUAUUGAUCGAUUUUAACCCCACUUUUCAGUGCUGUCAAAAAAAUCGUUUUGAGCCAAACAUGGCGGAAUAUUUGGCUUCUAUUUUCGGUACUGAGAAAGAUAAGGUAAAUUGCUCCUUUUACUAUAAAAUCGGGGCUUGCCGACAUGGGGAUAGAUGCUCAAGAAUCCACAACAAACCAACGUUUUCGCAAACAUGUUUGCUGCAAAAUCUUUACAUAAACCCGCAGAAUUCCGCUAAAUCCGCUGAUGGAAGUCAUUUGGUUUCCAAUGUGUCUGACGAAGAGAUGCAGAAGCAUUAUGACAAUUUCUUCGAAGAUGUUUUCGUUGAAUGCGAGGAUAAAUACGGGGAAAUCGAAGAAAUGAAUGUGUGUGAUAAUUUGGGAGACCAUAUUGUAGGAAAUGUUUAUAUCAAGUUUCGUCGUGAAGAAGACGCCGAAAGGGCUGUAAGUGAUAUAAACAACCGUUGGUUUGGCGGUAGGCCAGUCUACGCAGAAUUAAGCCCAGUUACUGACUUUAGAGAAGCUUGUUGUCGUCAGUAUGAAAUGGGAGAGUGCACUCGGUCAGGAUUCUGCAAUUUCCUGCAUUUAAAGCCGAUUUCGAGAGAAUUGCGCAGGUACUUAUACCCAAGAAGGAAAUUUGGCGGCGGGGGCGGCGGCGGCGGCGGUGGUGGCGGUCGCGGGGGCGGUAGAAGGUCCCGAACAAGAUCUCCAAGAAGACGUUCUCGUUCCAGAGAAAGACGUGGCGGCUCCAGGUCUCCAAAUAACCGCCAUCGUUCUGGAAGAAGUGGACGAUACUGAUUUUUUUUCCUGUUUUAACGUAAUCAUAAUUAUUCAUUAAUACAUAAUACGUGAAUAUUUUUAUAGACAUAUAUUCUGUGUUAGUUUGUUUCUUGUGCAGAAAUAAACUGAGUCAGAUAUUCUGUAACAGUUUAAAUUGAAGAUUAAAAUAUUUAAGAAUAAUGAUGCAUUAGUAGUGGUGUAUUUUUUUGUUGGAUUAAUAAGUAUGCAUUUACAAAUAUACAUUAUAAAGUAA